AUGUUUAGCUGCAGCGGGGGCCGGCUUCUGGCUUCGCGCUUUGUGGAGCAAGAUGUCAAACAGCUAUUGGAGGUGAACAAAUAUGCGGAACUUUAUUCGCAACAUAUAACACCUGAAGAUUUGCCAAUGCGGUUGUUUGGGUUCGAGUUUUAUUACGUGGAUGACGAUUUAUUGCGAGUGUUACUACCUGUAGUAAGAGACAGUAUCGCAAAAUUAUCAGUUUAUGAUGUUCGCAUGGAAUUCAGUGACAAGUGUAGUACCAUUAGGGCUGAAAUCAACCGUUUGUUUCGAUUAAUUUUGGGGUACUUGGAGGAACUACUGCAAAUGGAUUCCUUAGAUAUGAUCAGUUCAUUAGAAGAUAUUCUGCCGGAAAUAAUUGAUGCUAUGGUGGGCACUAAGAUGCCGCUGACGGUAGCAGAGAUGACCACACCUACAUGCUCAUUUUAUCAUGCAAUAUUAGAUUGGAACUGGUUGUAUCUUGUUCUUACUUAUGAAUUGAAGAAAUGCGGAGAGUGUAUGGAAUUAUUUGAAACAAUCUUCCUAAGAUGGUUGGAGAACCUCGUAACGAUGGCAUUAUACAUGUAUAAGAAAAUACAACAAAAUAAGUAUUUAAGUCAAAGUCAAUUCUUUUGUCCGUGCAUUAAGAAAGCAUGGAUUGGAGCAAUGUGUUUAUCGACAGCCGAAAAUAAUAAUAUGGAUUUUUGGGAUUACCUGCAAAGAGCAUUGGAUAAUAUUGAAACUAAUAAGCAAAAAAGGAUUAGCAGGAAAAUAAGGGUGCCGUUGGCUUCGACAACUGAUGCCCUAUUUCGAACGUGGUUCAUGAACGGAAUUGUAUCCUUGUAUGAAUAUCAAAUGUUGGAUGAAAGUACGUUCAAAGAGUCGCCGGUAAUAACAAUUCCACCGCAAUAUUCUAUUUUAGACAGUGCAACCAAAGAUUUUGUUAAUGGGGACAAACCCGAACAACAAAUGAGAAUAUUUUUGCUUCUACUAAAACCAAUAUAUUCGAAGUGGUGGCCAGUCCGACAGGAGUUUGUCAUAUUAUUAUGGGAUUAUUUCUGGAAACGCUUAAAUUUACCCUUUCAGUUGCCGACAGAAAGUCUCAGUAACCUUGCAUGUAUAAACCGUUCACCACUAUCGUUCCUAGAGCAAGCACGUAUCCGAGCCAGCCAGGAGGAGUUUGAAAGACUUGACAUGAAAGAUUCAAGUUUAAAAAUGUAUAUGACGUUUUUGGCCUUUGUGGUUCGACAUUAUACAGAAGCUGAUGUCAAAGUAAAAGUACAGAUUCUUGUUAAUAGGACCGUUCUUAGAAUAUCUCCUGCAAGGAUGGGAUCUAUGACGGAACAGGCGGUGUAUAACAUUGGGCUUUUAGCACUCACCAUGCUACAGGCUACAACAUAUGCGGAAGAUUAUCCACGAGUUGCGAGGCAAUUUUUACUACUUAAGAUAGACAAAGGAAUACCUCCGACGCCAAUAGACAGCCUGAUUCGUCGGGGUACGACGAUUACCCUGGUCAACGUAGCUUUACUGGUGGCCUGUAGCGAACGAGCCAUUAACAGGGCUCUCCAUGUUAAGCAUUUUAUGCUACACUUCGAAGAAGCUCGUAAAAAAUACGGUGACCGAUUGCAAGCGGCAUAUCAGGUGCUGGCCGAAGGAUUGUGUGCAGUUUUUGAGAAAACUCUCGCGUCACGUCACUUAGAGCAAUCGGACGAAGCGCUUUUCGGCAACUGGUUGGGGAAGUAUCUUCGAGCUUGUACAGAGAACGAUCGCCAAGCUGUGUUUAAAUCCAUUUCUCUAAUAUUUGAUUACUACAAACGAAACAAAAGUGUUACAUCUGAUGGCCAAAGUGAUAUUUUAAAACGAUUGUAUGAGAUUAUGUUACCGUACGUAAAAGACAGUUUUAGUGACCCGGCUACGCAAGGCACAUUGAUUGCAGAAUUGGCAGCGAGUUUCACCAUAUUGACGAGUGAACAGAAGAGUACGAAUUCAUUUUUGUCGUUGUUUGGUUUCUUUGCUGAAAAUGCUGCUGCCAAUGCCGAAUUACGUUUGCACUUUGUCAAAGCAAUAGUGAGUAGCAACCGGUUACCUGAACUGGAUGAAAGUUUAGUAAUCAAAAAUUGGGUAAAAUUUGCGAUACUGAACAACAGCAAUCAGUUGCAUGACCUGUCCCGCGUGGUUUGUCGGAUGCCACAAUUUAUAGCGUUGUGCGAGAUACCAGAAUACGAUCUCUGUGAAGAAGAAGAGGAUCCUAUUGAACUGUUUUUCAAAUUUGUUGGACGAAAGUAUAAAGAGUUGGAGCGUUGUGAUAGUCGAGGACAAUAUAAUUUAACGAUAAAAAUGCACACUUUAUUUCAAAAUUUCGAUAAAUGGAUAAUGAAGCCUAGUGUUGCCAUCUGCCGCAGGAUCUAUUCCGUGCUAGCUCUCGCGUUGAAAGAGUGUGGACCAGUCAUUUACAUCAGAGGAAAUUCGACAUGCCUAUAUCAUAUCGCAUUUAAUCAGUAUUUUUUACCACUUAGCGUGCUGACCGACCGAAAUGUGCCAAAUGAUAUCAUUUUAGCCAUGGGUAAAGUUUGGCAUCGUGUAAUGGAGGCGCUGGGAUCAAUGAACUAUUCCACGGACCCGGUCAUAGGUGAUCACGUUUACAAUAUGAUGAUCAAAUGGGCCCCACAAUUUAUCAAGUUUAAAAAUAAAAAAGACACUGUGAAUCCAUUCCACACGUUUUUCUCAUCGCAAAAUGAAGCUCUGACAGCGUUUGCGUUCGAUCGGUAUUCGUGCGUGUAUGUCGAAAUGCAGGGAACCGUUACUAAACCUGGUGCCGAAAUCGGCCUGAAAAUUCUCCUUUAUAUGUUGGAGAAGUUGCACACAAUAGGAGAUAAUGGAAAGAUUGCUCUGUUUAUCAGGUUACUGGCUACAGUUAUUAUAGAUCAUGCAUAUCGGGCGAACGAAAAAGCUGCUAGCAAGCCUAUUGCUAAUGAAUUGGUUCAAAAAAUGAUGCAGUGUACAAAGAAUGACUCCAAUUUAAUCAAAUUGGAGAUGAAAAAUUGCUUGUGCAGGUUCACAAAGAAAUAUCUACCUAUGGAAACAGCGCAAUAUUUCCGUUAUAUGAACAAACUGGCUUCCAUAUCGCCAAAAUUUAUUGAGUCUAUGAUUUGGACAAUUCAUUCAGAAAUGAUGGAAACUGAGCGUAUGCGCGGGGUGCAUGAAGAUAAAUUUAUUCGACGCUUGUUCGAGGAGCUUAAGUCAGCGAUAGAGGCAAGUCCUAUUGAUAAUUAA